UAUCAUGAUAAAUUUAAAAAUGAGGUGUAAAAGAUUGCUCUAUUAUCCUUCUAUCCGAAACUCAUAACUGAAAUAGUAUAAAUAUGAGUGAGAUUCAAUGGUUAUUGAGGCAACACAUCUACAUCCUUCUUAAUUCAAUAUGGCUAUUCUCACUAACUGGUUUUCUACAACAAUGGAACCUCUUUCUUUCAAGGUUUUCACUCUCAUUGCCUCUUCUGCAUUUCACAAAUUCAUGAAAAUUAUGGAGACAAUUUUCUUGGCUGUAUUCAUUUUUGUUGUAGCACUAGGAGGUUCAAUAAUAGGAACAAUAGGAGGAGCUAUCAAAGGACAAACUACAGAAAUUGGUAUUGUUGAUGGAGCUUGCAGAGGAGCCAUUGCAGGAGCCAUUGCAGCCAUAGAGUUCAUGCCUUUUGCUUCUCUUGCUGAGCCUUUUUCCAAGGUAGCUUUGUUGACAAGUUUGUUAAAUGGAAAAGUGUUCAUGGAAUGGAUAUGUCCAACUGUUGCACAAGCUUAUAUAAAUUCAGUAGAAGCAACAUAUGGAGGAGUGGUUUCAGAUAUUAAUGAGAGCAUGGGAGUUAAAGGAAUGUCACAAACUUGUAUUAUGAAACUUCCAUUUCAUACUUUUAACUCCUCCGACAAAAUCAUGAAACUAUACAAUGAUUCAUGCUGCUCCAUUUGCUUCCAGGAUUUAGAGGAUGGAGAAUUGGUGAGAAUACUUUCAAAAUGUUGUCACGUUUUUCAUCUAGAAUGCAUUGACAAGUGGUUACUACAACAACGAUCGUGUCCUAUUUGUAGAACUUACGUUCUUGAAUAGUUUUGUUUUUGUUGUAAAAUCUGUUUUUUUUUGUGUUCCAAGAGAGAAGCUAUUAAUUGCAAGCUUUAACUUUAUUGUAUGGUGGCGUUGAAUCAUUUGAGAAGCAAACAUGCACUAAGCAAUUAUCCAACAUUAAUUGUCUCUAA